UCCCUACCAGAGAGGUUUCUACUGUAUGGUGAAGUAGCGUGUUUAUGACAAUGUCAUAUGACGACAGCACGCCACGUACUUUACUGUAUGUGUCACGAAUAGGUUGUGGGCAAAGGAAUGGUGUUUGACUGUUAAGUCGCUUUUGCGAACAUCUUGGGUUAAUGUUUAGCAAAAUAAACUCUGCUAGAAAAUACCACGGAAGUGCUUAAGUCACUUACACUGUAUGCGCUUAAAUAAACAGUGAUGGGCGGAAAAUUCUUUUAUUUUGCUUACGGAAGUAAUUUGCUAGCAAAAAGGAUUCACAUAAACAAUCCAUCAGCAAUAAGGAUAUCAGCAGCAAAGCUUAAGGAUUUCCGACUGGAUUUCGGAACGUGGGCCGAGAGAUGGAGAGGUGCAGUAGCAACAAUAGUGCCAGAAAAGGGCAAACACGUAUGGGGAGCGGUGUGGGAAAUUGAUAAAUCAAAUUUGGCGGAUUUAGACAGGCAAGAAGGUGUAAACGAUGGAUUUUAUUUUCCCAUGCAAGUUGAUGUGGAGAAGCCCUCAGGAGAAUUUGUAAAUUGUCGCUCGUAUCAGCUUUGCGAUACGCCCACAAAGAUAUCUGAAGGAGUUAUCAUUCCUGAAAACAGGCUGCCAUCUGCACUUUAUUUGGAUGUCGUCAUACAAGGAGCAAUUGAAAGUGGAUUACCAGAUGAUUACAUAAGUCAGUUGAAAAAAAUACAGCAUAAUGGUUAUGAAGGUGUUGGUAAUAAUCUACAGUUCUUGGUUUCAAGUCAGUAGUUACCAGAAAAGGGAUAUAAAUUAAACAUGGUUACCUAAAGGAUAGGAAUGCAGAGAAAAAAUUGAAAUUACUUUUUCAGCAGUAUUUGUUAGUGUAAGUUGAGUAAUUAAUAUAGCUGAGAAAUUGGAGAACCAUAAGGAAUGUAUGGAAAAAAAAAUGUUCACAUGGUUGAAUACUAUGUGGUGGAAUUGAUAAUGCUGUGUAAUCAGUCAUUUAUUAUUUUUAAUUUGAUUUAUGAUGUCAGGCAGUGACAGUUACUAGUCUGAAGAGACAUACAAUAAAUAUUAGUACAAGCAUUUAACAAAUGUGUACUG